AUGGCGACAGGAAACCGUAUCCCUGAGAACUAUGAAACGCUUACACCAAUUCUCAAAGCACCAAUCUCGGAUACAUUCUCCGUUCCGCUCUCCCAGCAAGGUCGAAUUUGCGGUUUCUUUGAAGCACAGCUAUUCCGUUGUAUGGAAGCUUAUGGCGCUAAAUUGGGACGUAAAUAUUGCGAUUUAGAGCAUCGUGAUUUCAAGGAAUGUUUGACUGGUGACAAGCAGAAAAAGCGCGUAGAAGCAAUUGCUGCACAACGUCGGAAGCUAUAUCGCGAAGGGAAACUGGAUAAGCCGUUCCUCGAGAAUCAUCCUGAGCCAGGCCACUUUCAAACUGAUCAUUUUUCGUGGAACAAGAUCCACUAG